CAAACGUACAACAACCCUGCAACCUUACAAGUGUUCUUGAAAAUCCCAAAUUUAGUGCAAGGAAGAUGCGGAAGUUCGAACAUCAACCUGACAAGGGCGGCCCGAAAGGAAGCGCAAAGGCUAGAAUACAGCUGCCGAUAGCGCAACCAGCUGCUAAACCGGCGACAAAUGGGUCUUCAGACUCACCAAACAUCACCUCGUCAAGUACAGAUCCUUACAAAGCAGCUCGCGAAGCUCUCGAUCGCGAUGGCUUCGUCGUUCUAUCUGCCUCGCUAUUUCCGUCUUUUGAUCUUGACGCCCUUCGCGCCGCUGCCUCACGCAUGACAGAAGCAGCACGAUCUGGAAAGUGGCCGUAUAUACGUACGCUACCGAAGCAGUUUCCACCAUGGCCACAGGACCCCUCAAGUGGGAUCUGGGGCGUCCAGCAUCUACUCCACCCAUCGAAUUCAGAUCAUCUUACGUUCGCAAAGUCGUAUUUCGACAGCGAGCUGCUGAAAUACGUCGGAGCACUAAUUGGUUGUGGAGAAGACGACCUGACCAUGGAGCUGUACAACAUGCUCGUCCGGCCGGAUAAAGAUUUCAGUCUGCGGUGGCAUAGAGACGACAUCGCAGCGACAGCAACAUCAGAAGAAGAGCUGGAACGACUGCAAAAGCCAGGACAUCACGCACAGUGGAACCUUGCACUGUAUGAUGACAGCAGUCUGGUCCUUGUGCCUGGCUCGCACAAACGUGCACGCACUGACACAGAGAGGAACGCGGAUCCGUACGAAGCACAUAUGCCCGACCAGCUUACUGUGCAUCUGAAAGCGGGGGAAGUUGCAUUCUACAAUAACAACAUUCUCCAUCGCGGCGUAUACGACAGCACGAAAGAGAGGAUGACGCUGCAUGGCAGUAUCGGGACAACGCUGGCUGGGAGCGAACGAGCGAGAAACGUGCUACAGCACGGUGUUGGUGACUGGGCGAAGGAAUACAACUUUGACGAUUUUGAGCCUGAGAUGGCCGCAAGAGCGAAGAAGAUGAGAGAGAAGCUUGUGGAGAUGGGCAAGGCAAGUGGGGAUGUUGGCUUCUUCUCGAAGGAUGAGUGAGCUUGUCAUAAGAAAAGUGCAUGUGACAGGGGGCUCUGAAUGGUGUUAAGAACGUCAUCGACUGAGCCUGUUAUUGAGCGUAUGCUCUGGAGGAGUACCUAUCCUGCAUCUCUCUUGAUGUUCCAAAGCGAAUGUAGCCGAUACUGUCGACGGAAAUCUUAGCAUGGCUUCGUAAUGGAGAAGAGGUCGUAUAGUAAACUCAGUUUGGUGACAGAGUAAAAGACCUCUUGUAGCAAUAGACGCAGACUCAAGUGCGUUGCAGAAGACACCAUAC